AUGCUGUUCAGUUGGAGGAGAAUAGUGAGGAGUACUGAAAGAGCUCUGUCAUCAGACUCUCUGGAAGUCCAGGAUGGGUGUCUUUGUGGACUGCUGUAUGUUGUGGAGGAUCCUGGCAGCCAGCUUGAGGCUCACCUUGCCGCUCCCACUGGCCAAGUACCUGCCUCCCCAGCUGGAGUCAUUUCACAGCACCAGUGUAUUUGUUGUGUAGGAGAGCAGGGGAACUAUGUCAAUGAAGAUGAGGAGACUGAAGCUGCAGUUGAGAUGUCAGUUCUAACGAGAGAGUAUGUGGGGAUACUGGUGGAGCAUCUGCGACAUAGUCCAUUGGAAGGAGUCAGAUUCCUGGUGGGUGUAGUUCCAGUUGUGAUGGUGGACUUCUUGCCGCCAGUCCAGGUCCUUCAGAUGGUAGUCACUGAGUUUGUGAGUCCCCACCAGCCACGACCUUCACUGGCCGCCAUCGUCAUGGGAGAGACCUUCUCUUUGGUGUUGGGGAAGAACAUGGGAGACACACUGACUGAUUGGGUCCUACUGUCUCUGGACAGUUUUGUUCAACAGGAGCCAGAGAAAAAGGCAGUUUGGUGUUUAGUGUGUUUGUUAGCUGCAGCCUCUUCAUCCUCCAUCCUUCGAGCUAUGCUUGAAGUUGUUGCUGAUCAACCAAACAUGUGUCUUUCACAUAUGCAAAUUCUCUUGGCAACAACAUCAUUCUAUUUCUGCUCAACCCAAGCAAGUUGCCUCUCCUCUGCCUUAUUAUUAUCUUUCCAAUCUAUUAGGUGUCAACCCAGCAGCAAAAGGUGUUUAUAGACAAGUUUUUGUCGUCCAAUUAUCCGACACUCAAUGCAGUAGCGCAUGCUUGCCUUCAUUCCAUAUAGCAAAUAGCUUAACUUGUACGUCGUAAUAAUGUGUAAUUUGUACCAAAGACAUUGACUAUUGUUCGAGAUUGGAAUAGCAAAACUCUCUAAACACUUAUUUUUGCAAUUUCCUUUUUUACCAACAAGGGUUUGAACAGUUU